AUGUUUCACCAGUUCACUUCCUCUGGCGACGGCCAGUUGUACCGGUUCCAAAACAAACAACCGGCUUCUUUCCAUCCCAAUACUCUGGCAUGCCAUGGUCGACACAAAGGUUUACGCAUUUGCAUCAGCACUUUGCCCCCGGACCGCCCUCUGCUCAGGAGGUGUCGUCUCCAGCCCGACUCCGACUCGGCCGGCCUAUUUGUUCAGUCGACCGCCCAAACAGCGGCUGAACUGUUUGAGGCGUCAAGUUGA